AGCUAAGCAUUUGUCUUUAAUCCAAAAGAGAUUAAUUAAUGGAGAAGAAAACAAUUCUAACGGCCUGUGGGUUGAUGAUGAUGAUGUUGAUCCUAAGCGCAACUACUGCAAGAGCCGAUCUGUGCCAGGAUGCAUUGAAAGCUUUGUUGCCUUGCAUGCCGUUCUUGACGGGUUCCGACCCACCAACUCCCAGUGCUAACUGCUGCCUAGGCGCAAGCGAAGUGGCGAAUAAAGCUACGACCUCCGAAGAUCGCAAGGCUCUGUGUGUCUGUUUCAAAAAUGCUGCUGCGCAGGAUGGUGUUAAGUCUGAUAGGGCCGAACAGCUUCCCGACCUCUGCAAGAUCAAUGUUCCGGUUCCGAUCAAACCCGGUGUGGACUGCAACAAAUUAUGAUGAUUAUUUAAGGAUCGAGUGGAGAUAACAAAUAAAGAUGGGGAACAGGCAUCGAUAGAGCAACAUAUAUAUAUGGCCAAAUAUUGGGUUGUAAACAUUAAUAUAUUGGAGCUCGACUCUUAUAUCGGAGCUCGACUCUUUUUGGUUAUCUUAUAUUAUAUAUAUGCAUGAAAAGAUAAAUUAAACGAAUA